ACUCAGAAGAAGCUUAUAUGAUUGUUUUUCUUGCUCGGUUUAUAUUGGACAUUUUUUUCAAGAUCUAGAAAAAAGGGAAAAUUGAUUAAGGAAUGAGUGCAUCUUGACCUUAUUAUGGAUUGUUAAAAUUUUAUUAUUUAUUAAUUAAAAAAAAUUGUCAGCAUCAGUGUAUCACUACCUUUUUCCUGUAUUUAAGAGGUUUAAAGGUUACAAUUUUUAUAGUACAGAAAUUGAGAAACUCCAAAUCUCCAAUACCCUUUUUUGCAAUGGACAUCACAAAUAUCCUCCCAUCUUCAAUGUAUUGGCUUCUGAAUGCAGCUCCUGCAUUUCCUGUUGAUCCAGAUAAGAUUGAGAUCAUUACUGAGCCACAUUACUUCUACAAGACAUUGCUGCAGAAAACCUGUCAGGCCAAGACAAGGAUAACCCUUUCUUCCCUCUACCUGGGCAGCGGCAGACUUGAGCAGGACUUGGUAAAAGGUGUGGAAGAAGGACUAGCAGGCAACAAGGACCUGAAGGUGUUAUGGCUCCUUGACUGGACCAGAGGCUCCAGACUGCCUAACAGCUCGCGGCAAAUGCUUCUGCCUCUGCUGAAAUACCAUUCAUGCCAAGUGUCACUGUUUCACACCCCUGAGCUGCGAGGCCUUCUGAAGCUGCUGCUGCCACAGCGUUGGAAUGAAGUUGUUGCGCUGCAGCACAUGAAACUCUAUAUCUUCGACGACAGUCUCUUAAUCUCUGGAGCUAACCUGAGCGCGGACUACUUCAGCAACCGUCAGGACAGAUACUUCCUCAUUAACCAGGCCCCCGAGCUGUGCAACUUCUUCGAUGAAGUUGUUCAAGGCAACUACAAGAAAUACUGUGCCUGCGUGGAGCGUGAGGUGCGGUCUGUGUGGGACGACGCCGUGCGCCGCACAUCCACCCGCCUUGCCGCCUCCGGCCCUACUGAGGACAUGAAUCGCCGGGUCUCGGAUCAGCACAAAACAAGAGCGGCUACCGACACUCUCGUCUUCCCGAGCCUCCAAAUGCCUUCAUUUAACAUCGAUUAUGACUCACACAUCACAGAACGGCUGUUGAGAAGCGCCCACUCCGGCAGCUGCAUCCACUUAGCCUCGGGUUACUUCAACCUCACCAGGAACUACAUGACGUGCCUCCUGCAGUACGCCACUGCCCAAUUCAUCAUCCUUUGUGCACAUCCUAAGGCGAACGGUUUCUUGGGCGCGUCAGGAGUAGCGGGUGCGAUACCAUCGGCCUACACGUUGCUGGCGAAGCAGUUCCUCGCUGAGGUCGAGCGCUGGCGGCAGCGCGUGCGCGUGAAGCUUUACGAGUACCAGCGCCUCGACUGGACCUUCCACGCCAAGGGCCUCUGGUAUUCCGAGGAGUCCAACUCUCAGUCUAAAACGUCGUCCUGUUCCGAGGAACAUUCUUUCUCUAAUGUGAAAUCCGUAGAAAAAUCCUGCUCUACACUACAAGCUAAGUCUAUAGAGACAUCCUGCUCUUCCAGCUCUCAGUCUAAAACGUCGUCCUGUUCCGGGGAACAUUCUUUCUCUAAUGUGAAAUCCGAAGAAAAAUCCUGCUCUACAUUACAGUCUAAGUUCAAAGAAAUAUCCUACUCUUCUAUGCAAUCGGAUUCCCGAGCUGAAGAAUAUUUAGCUGAGCACUCGUACUCCGACAUGGCUAUGGGUAUUCCUGGCAGCCAUCUACUGCCGUGCUUGACGCUUAUUGGAUCUCCUAAUUUCGGCUGGCGGUCGGUGCACCGUGACCUGGAGAGCCAAGUGGUACUGGUGACGCGCAACCCUGACCUACAGCGCCGACUGCAGCACGAGCGACGGCAGCUCUACGUACGCGCGUCCCUCGUCCAUCAUUCCCGUACCUUCGCCGAGCCCGACCGCCGGGUCCGCUUUUGGGUGCGCUUUGUCGUGCCGCUCAUCAAACGCUUCUUCUGAACGACCUCACCUUUGUUAUAUCUUCCCAGAAACUCGCACGUUAUUUUAAAUUGUAUAUUAACUUGAGAUCUCGUUUUCUGUCCCGUAUUAAAAAAAUUUAUUUUUUGGUAUUAAAAGUUCAUUUUU